ACUGCCGGCCGGGGUCGACGCGACGGAGGAGACCAGCGGCGGAGGGUUCGCCCGCACCUGCCAGAGUCUGCUGGCCAGGGACUGCGCGCCGUACACCGUGGCCAGCGCACCAAUCUUGGACCGGUGCGUGCCCACAUUGGGGGCGGAACAGGUCGUCAAUGGGACCUUGGUGGACAGCAACAACAAGACUAUGGGGGAUCUGUCGCUGCAGAGCAUCAUGACGGCCUGCGAAAACCUUGGCUCCUUCCUCAAAAUCAAAGGGUUCGGUCAGGAUGUCGGCAAGGACUUCCAGUCGGCAUGGUGGGUGAUUGUGGUAGCGCUCAUCGUCUGCAUGUUCGUCUCCCUCCUCUGGAUUCUGCUCAUGAGGUGGUUCACCUCCAUCAUGGUCUGGACUGCACUCUUCGGCUCGCUGGGAGCCAUCAUAUACGGAUGUGUCUACACUUACCUGAGGUAUGACAGGCUGAAGGAUACGGAGACGAACCAGCCCACGGACAACAGCAAAGCGAUGACAGUCAACGCCUUCACGUCCAGCGCCAGUUCCCUCCUCCAGCAGAAGAACACGUGGCUGGCCUUCUUCAUCUGUCUGGUGGUCCUGGGCGUGAUUCUGUUGCUCUUAAUCAUAAUUCUCUUCAAGCGACUCAGGAUCGCCAUUGAAGUCAUCGAAGAGGCCAGCAAGUCAGUGACGUCGAUCUUGACGACGCUGUUCUUUCCGCUGGUACCGUGGCUGCUGCAGCUUGUUGUAGUGGCCUUCUUCAUCACCAUGGCCCUCUACAUUGCCUCCAUGGGCACCUCAGAGUACCGCGUGACGGCUCUGCCCGACGACUGCACCAACGGCUGCUCCAAUUUCGCAAUGAAUGAAACCUGCAAUCCGGAGGAAUUCAGUAAGACCUGCCUCAGCCAGUGCCCAGAUGCCGAGUGCAGCUUCUUCGGCUAUAACAAGUUCGAAUCCAUUCCGUACCUACACUUCUACAACCUAUUCGCUCUGCUGUGGGUGAUGUUCUUCGUCUCGGCCAUGGGGGAGAUGAUUCUGGCGGGUGCCUUCGCGGCAUGGUACUGGACGUUCGAUAAGCAGAAGAACCUGCCCGCUCUGCCCCUGCUCAGCGCGCAACCCCGAACACUGCGGUACCAUAUCGGCACGCUGGCCUUCGGCGCUCUCAUCAUCGCCAUUAUACGCCUGAUCCGUCUGAUUUUGGACUACAUCGAUAAAAAGUGUCAGCAGUACCCCGGGAACCAGGUUGUAAAGGUGAUAAUGUGCUGCUGCAAAUGCUGCAUGUGGUGUUUGGAGAAAUUCAUGAAGUUCAUCAACAGAAAUGCAUACAUCAUGUGUGCCAUCUACGGGAAGAACUUCUGCACAUCUGCCAAGGACGGCUUCAAUCUCAUCAUGCGGAAUAUCCUACGCGUCCUGGCAGUUAACUCGGUGUGCGACUUUCUGCUGUUUCUGGGCAAGAUUCUGAUCACGGCGGCCGUGACGGUCGGCUCGUUCUACUUCUUGGACAACCGGAUCCCGAUCAAGGGUCUGGACACGGUGGUGCCAGAGACGCAGAACAGCUGGUGGCCCACGAUCACCAUCGCCCUCGGCUGCUACUUCAUCACGUCGCUCUUCUUCAGCGUCUACGAGAUGGCCGUAGACACCAUCUUCCUCUGCUUCUUGGAAGACAUUGAGCGCAAUGACGGCUCAGCGGAAAAGCCUUACUUCAUGUCAAAGGACCUGAUGAAGCUGAUCGGCAAGAAGAAUAAGCCGCCACCUAAGUCUCCGCCGACCUAGAGUCUGCCUAGGAUCAGUACCUGGAGGCGUCCGCCCCUCUCUGUGUUGUGACUAUAUGCCGACGCCGACGGGGUGCUUGCUGAUGCCUUGUGCCUCGGUGGUCAGUCCUGCUAAGCUGUGUUUUUGACCUCAGGUUAUUGUGAUGGCUCUAAAUCUGUAUCUGCUGGUCAUGUGGCGAGCCAUUUUUUCUUCUUGGCUAGGAUGAGUUUGCCGAGUUCAUUCCGUAAUGUUGCAGCAGACUGGUGUGUAAAGUAAUGUCGAUCAUAUGUUGUCAUUGACACUAUUUCAAUGAUGCGAGAAUUAGAGAUUAAUGAUGCCAUGGGACUUUAACAAAAGCGGCGCCCUCCAUGCUUUUGGUAAACAGUUAUUGGUCGCUGCCAUAUUUUUUCUAAAUUCAACAUUCUGUUUGCAAGCCAUGUCAAGCAGCACCAGGCACCACUGCAAGCGUCCUGUCAAUAGUUGCUUCAUAUAU